AAGGAAUACAAACGAGCGGUUAUCCUCCGCUUCGGUAGAGUGCGCGAUGACUCGCCUGCCGGUCCCGGAAUCAUCUGGGUGGUGCCUUGCACAGACUCCGUCAUUCAAAUAGACCUUAGAACGCAGUCAAUCAACUUGCCACCACAGCUGAUUUUAACGAAGGAUUAUGUGACGGCUAAUGUGGGUGCAAUAGUAAACUACCGUGUUUAUAAACCACUCCAUUGUUUAUUGAACAUUCGAUCACACAUGGAGGCGACAGAGAUGUUGACCAUCUCUGUCUUAAGGAAUAUAAUUAGUAAACAUUCACUAACGGAGGUACUUGCGCUUCGAGAGUCAAUUAGCCUGCAGGUGAAGACUGAAGUGGCAAGAGCGGCAGCUGAGUGGGGCGUCAAAAUAGAACAAGUUGAAAUAAAAGACAUUGGAUUACCAGUUGAACUACAAAAAGCUAUGGCAGCUGAAGCCGAAGGGAGACGAAUUGCGAAAGCAAACAUUAUCGCUUCUGAGGGGGAAGUAAAAACCGCUGAAUACUUACAAGAGGCGUCAAAAAUGAUGAUGCAAAAUCCAAAAAUCAUGCUGCUAAGAUAUCUGCAAACUCUUAAUGCAAUCGCAGCGCAGCAAUCGUCUUCUAUAUUUUUCCCGUUUCCUCUUCAAAUACCAGACGUGAUUUAA